AUGAGCGAGGUGUUCGAGGGCUAUGAGCGCCAGUAUUGCGAGGCGUCCGCCUCCCUCACCCGCAAAUGCACCGCCGCCGCCGCCCUACAAGGAGGUAAUCCCCCACCCUUCCCAAAUCCCGCAAUCUCGGUUGUCCCCCCCUCCGAAUCGUCUAUUCAUUGGAUUUUUGGUCGCGCAGAGAAGUUGAAGCAGAAGGCGGCGGAGAUCCAAUCCGGCAUCGAUGGCGCUGAGGCACUGAUAAGGAAGAUGGAUCUCGAAGCAAGGAAUCUCCAACCGAGCAUUAGAGCUGGGCUCCUAGCAAAGAUCAGGGAGUACAAGUCAGAUCUUAAUAACCUCAAGGGAGCGCUGAAGAGGAUUACCAGUGGUAAUGCACAGCAGGGGGUGAGGGAGGAGUUGUUGGAGUCAGAAAUGGCAGAUGCAUUGGGGGUUUCUGCUGAUCAAAGGUCAAGAUUGCUCAGGGCAACCGAGAGAGAGAACCGAACAACUGAUAGGCUCAGAGAUAGCCAUAAAACUAUGCUGGAGACUGAAGAUCUUGGUGUCUCCAUCUUGCAUGACCUGAAUCAACAGCGCCAAUCUCUCUUGCGUGGUCAUGAUGUGUUGGAUGAGGUGGAUAACAAUGUUGGCAAGAGCAGGAGGAUCAUCGGAGGCAUGAUGAGGAGAAUGGAUAGAAACAAGUGGAUCAUUGGUCUCAUCAUAGCAGUCCUUGUCUUGGCUAUCCUUGUGAUCCUAUAUUUCAAGUUCGUGCACUAG